AUGCUCAGAGUAGAAGAAUUCAACAUCUACCAGGUGCUCAUUGACAACAAAAGCUCAGCAGAUAUAAUCUGCUUGCCUGCGUUUCAGCAGAUAAAACUGGAUAAGAAAAAGAUUAGGCCUUUCACCUCUCUUCUGGACUACAUCCUCAAUGAUGGGGUUUUGCCCCAAAAUGCUGUAAAAAACAAAGAGAAUAAUGUUUUUACAGGGGAUGAUAAGAUGUAUUUCCCUCAAUACAAAUGGCUUGAAGAGGAACAACCAAAAGUUAACCAGACUGAGACACCUUGGUUGAUUGUUCUAAUGAAUUCCCCUUGGUAUAACAGCUGCAACUAUCAUUUUCUGGAGGGUGAAUCCAUGAGAGUAACGUAUGAGGCGUGGUUUGUGAAGUACAAAGUUGAUGUGAGAGAAGAUGCUGCUCAGCUGCAUCCGUUCAUAUUACAUGCCGCUUUGGAUGAUGUUCGAGACCUUGCAUGGACUACUAGUGCCAUAGUUUAUGCAUUGACUUGUGCAGGGACAAAUUCAAAAUAUGUAAGCAUGGAUGGGAAUGAUUUUAGCAGUACGAGUAGCAAGGUCUCAUCAUUUUCAGUGCCUCAGACUCCUCGGAGUGAGGGUGAGAUCUUGCAGUCGUCCAAUUUGAAGAGCUUUAGUUUUGCCGAACUCAAAAUGUCCACCAGGGAUUUCUGUCGUGACGGUGUGUUAGGGCGAGGUAGUUUUGGUUCAGUUUUUAAGGGAUGGAUUGAUGAACAUACAUUUGCUGCAGCCAAGCCUGGGACCGGCAUGAUUAUAGCUGUGAAAAGGCUUAGUCAAAAUAGUUUCCAAGGUCACAAGGAGUGGUUGGCGGAAGUGAAUUCUCUGGGACAGCUUUCUCAUCCUCAUUUUGUGAAGUUGAUUGGUUAUUGCAUGGAAGAUGAACACCGACUAUUGGUGUACGAGUUCAUGCCUCAAGGAAGCUUGGAAGGUCAUUUAUACAGGACUUCUGAUCCUCUUUCUUGGAACCUCCGCUUGAAAGUGGCUCUCGAUGCUGCAAAGGGGCUUGCCUUUCUGCAUAGUGCCAAAGUGAUAUAUCGAGAUUUCACAACUUCUGAUAUUCUGCUUGAUUCGAGCUACAAUGCAAAGCUUUCUGAUUUUGGGUUGGCCAAGGAUGGGCCGACAGGUAAUGCAACUCACAUCUCUACCAGGGUUCUGGGGACCUAUGGAUAUUCUGCUCCAGAGUAUUCAGCCACGGGUCAUCUUACUACCAAAUGUGAUGUCUAUAGCUUUGGAGUUAUCCUUCUAGAAAUGUUGUCUGGCCGGAGAGUACAUGAUAUGAGCGAACCAUAUGGAGACCCCAAUGUUUUGAAAUGGGCUAAACCCUACCUGGCAAACAAACGUAAGAUAUUCAGAAUCCUAGACGACCGUAUUGAAGGCCAAUAUACAAUGGAUGAGGCCUAUAAGGUAGCAACCCUAGCAUUACGAUGCCUAUCCACGGGCGCCAAGUUCAGGCCGACCAUGGAUAAGGUUGUAACAGAAUUGGAGCAGCUCCAGGAAUCAUAA